CACUGACAUCAUACAGGAAGUGGACACAGUCUGUGGAGUCUGUGUGUCGCCGGAGUUGAAAAAAAUGUGCAGAUAUUGCUUGGAUUCAAAGGAAAUAUCUGGUGCAGCGGAGAGAUGUGCAAGUUUGGUGAGAGUGCCAGACAGAGGCUUCCCAUCACUUGUUGCCGCUCAGGACCAGGAGCCCAGCGAGGGAGAGACACUACUCUCAACCGAGGAUGAGGAUGAGAGUGAGGACGAGUCAGACAUCUUGGAGGAAAGUCCCUGUGGCCGCUGGCAUAAACGCAAAGAGGAGGUGAGAGGGGAGCAGGAAGCUGAGCUGUCACAGGAUCAGCUGAAAAUGAAGGACAACAAGAAGUUGUCCCGAGACACGUCUCCCUCUCUAUCAGUCAAAGUUCUAUUUGACUUUUGAAUAUGUAUAUUCACUGGUGUCGUUUUAAUUUGAUCUAUAUUUAAUUGUGUGGUCUCAUUGACAUUUUCAUAAUGUUUUUGAAGAGGGCCAGAGAACAGGAUAAAUACACAUUCAGCAAAUGGAUACACCACAACAAAGAGUUAAAUAGUGAAAAGCAGCACAACAAGGGCUCAUGUUCAGUAGUUGUGCGAGUGAACAUAGGCAACUGGGCCUGCUUGUGUUUCUUGAAGAGGUUUCAGCUCUCAUCCAAAAGGCUUCUUCUGUUCAGGAGCCAACGGCGAGAGGCAGACCGUCAGUCCCAUUCACACAAGCAAGCUCUCACAAACAGUCUCCAAUUAACCCAACCCCAAUCUGCAAGAGUACCGAGAGUAAACCACAGGAAAAACCCCACACAGAAAGGACCAUGGCCCAGCUGGGAUUUAAACCAAACUAAAGUUUAACCCACAUCAGUGUGAUUUAAAAACUACCUGAAAUGAUAGGAACCAUCUGUGCAGGAAAGUUGUAUUUGAAGACUUUAUUUACUUAUUGGCGCAUCAUUGUCCCAUCAUCUAGCAUUAAAAGUAUGAACUCAUGAGCCUUUUUUCUGUUCCCGUUAAACGUAGGUGAAUCAGCGUAAUGUACCCGGGAUAGAUGCUGCGUACUUGGCUAUGGACACAGAGGAGGGUGUGGAGGUAGUUUGGAAUGAAGUCAUGAUCUCGGAAAGGAAGAACUUCAAACUGCUGGAGGUGAGGGACGGUGUUACAGAGUAGGAUUGAAUGGUCUCUUAGUCUGGUUCAGCAGGAUACACAAUCAUGGGGAAGAUUGCUGACUUGACAGUGGUCCAGAGACAGUCAUUGACAUGCUCCACAAAGAGGGUAAGCCACAAAAGGACAUUGCACAGAGUGCUGUAUCCAAGCGUAUAAUAGAAAGUUGAGUGGAAGGAAAAAGUGUGGUAGAAAGAAGUGCACAAGCAACAGGGAUAACCGCAGCCUAGAGAGGAUUGUGAGGCAACGGCCAUUCAAGAAUUUGGGGGAGAUCCACAAGGAGUGGAUUGAGGCUGGAGUCAGCGAAUCAAGAGCCACCACACACUGACGUAUCCAAGACAUGGGCUACAACUGUUGCAUUCCUCGUGUCAUGCCACUCCUGAACCAGAGACAACAUGGACUGCAGGCAUGGACUGUUGCUCUGUGGUCCAAAGACCUCUUUUCAGAUGAAAGUAGAUUUUGCAUUUCAUUUGGAAAUCAAGGUCCCAGAGUCUGGAGGAAGAGUGGAGAGGCACAGAAUCCAAGUUGCUUGAAGUCCAGUGUGACGUUUCCAGAGUCUGUGAUGAUUUGGGGAGCCAUGUAUUCUGCUGGUGUUGGUCCACUGUGCUUCAUCAAGUCCAAAGUCAACGCAGCCAUCUACCAGGAUGUUUGAGAGCAACUCAUGCUUCCUUCCGCUGACAAGGUUUAUGUAGAUGCUGAUGGAUUUGUGGUUCUGUCUCAAACAAAAUUAUCAAGUGGGAUUUUAAUUUUUUCCAAUAGGCUUUCACAGUUUCCUGCCAAGGUUUUGAGCAAGCUCAGUGUGCAUCAUGUGAAAAUGUGCCUCUAAUUUAAUAAAGCCCCAAGGAUAUUAUACUCUCAGGCCACACAGGGGCAGCAGUGGGCUAUGUGACUAUCUCUGUACCUAUCUCAAUGAAAUGUUCUUUCCGGGCGUGCUACAGGUCUAUAGUCUUGCAUUAAUCCUAGAUACCUUGAUUUAUGCAAUUAAAAAAAAUAAACAUUGUAGUUGAAGAUUUAGUUUUUUAGAUAAGCAAUGGAUUCAUUUUUUAAAUGUCUGUAUAUUCUUUCAUCUUUCCAUCAUCUCUCAUUUAUUUCCCCUUAACUUUUCUUUACCAUAACUUUAUAAAACUAAUAUAUAAAACUAACCCUAUCCCUAUAUUUCCAUUUCUCUCCCCUUCAUAUUAUCUCCAAAUCUCCCUGUCUUUGUCUUUCCAUCUCUCCCUGGGUCAGGAAUGGUAUUUAUCCAAUGACGGCGUUCGGGCUGCCCUGUCCUCAGCGGCCUCAACAGGAGACGGUUCAAUCUCCUGUCGUCGUCCCCUUGGUCAAAUCCCCAACCCCUGAACCUGCAGAGCUCGAGACACGACGGGUCAUUCAAAUGCAGUGUAAUGCUGAACCUGUGGAGGAGGGUGCAAGGUUUCAUAUGAAUCUGGUCAAGAGCUGGCUGAAGAGUUGGUGCAGCUGUGCUUCAUCAGUGAGUUGGACCAAAACAAAAUAGCGUGUCUGCUAGAAGAAAGUUGCAUUCAAGCUAUUCACUAGCAAGGGUUUCCUCAACCAUCUUUCAACCCUGUUACACACUUAGUUUUUGAAUACUCGUACUGUAUUGUUAUGUGUGCUGCUUUACCUUGUGUCCUUAAGAUGGACUUUGGGUUUUUUAAUUAAAUUGCAGCUAAUUGAGUGUAAAAGGGAAUACUUCCCCACCUGCUGGUCGUUUUGUUUUAUCAUGAAUUUUUUGUUUGUGUUGGCAUUCUGUGAUAUUCUGUACUAUCUCAGGUUCAAAAAGCACCAUUUUUUUAUUCAAUAAAUUUGAGAAGUUGAAAAUGUUCCUCCAUUUGGGUCGCGGAUUGUCAUUAAGGGGUGACGGUGGGUCCCGAAGCCAGACCAGUUGAGAACCACUGCUCUGUAUAAAUGGAUGCAGGGGCAUUAAAGCAGGGUCUUUAAGCAUGUAAUUGCGUGUGGCCCAUGUGCUGAGAGCGGCCCCUGACUACAGGGACUUAGUUCCCAAUUAUGACAAUUCUGUAAGAUUUUGUGAGGAUUGGUUUGGCUCAGUAUAAGGCCCCCAGGUCCCUUUUCACUGUGCCCCCCCGGAUCCCUUGAAACUCCAAAGAUUUGGAUUAUUUUGAAUGUGCUUACUCUGAUCUUUGCUGUUAAGUUUAUUUAAAAGGUAAACCUCAAUAAGACUGCAACACACUUGAUCACAACAUAACUGUCUAGAUUAUCAGGUUUACAAUGAAACCCAAUAAUUUAUUAAGCACACAGUUGCAUUUUAGUCAGAGGAGUUUAUUUUGUAAUAGAUUGUGUAUUGUCCGGUCUGUCUGGUCUAAAACAUCAUCAUAAUGAUUGAGGCCUUCCCUGGAGUCACACCACUCAACUAACACACCACUCAACUGGUUUACUACAUUUUAAUAGUUGGACCUCACGUUUUGACCAGCAGCAAAACUGUGACUCCCCUAGAAAUACAGAGACACAUUCUAUCCAAAGAAAAUGUACAGAUUAAGCCAAUCAUCUCUGUUCAUCCAUUCUCACUUGCCCCUCUGCCUUGGCUCUUUUUUAUUACCUCGUACAACAUAAAAUUCCCAGCUCUUUAGCCUUUGUGACGUGUUGGACCAAACUAUCACCUAUCAAAUUAAAUGUGUUGAAUAAUUUGCUUUUUUUUUAUAGAUAAAUACUUGGGAUGAAUAUUUUUUAAAAAGCCUCUGAUAUGGAACAAAAUGUAUGUGCAUUGCUGCAUACCACAUUCUGGCAAGGCGUCUUGCCAGCUCGCUCUGGAAGAUGGUUACUGUGAGGUACUGUGAACUCAGUGUUACUGAAAUAUUAAUCCAAUGACCUCCACUCAUGUAUUUCUGAAGUGCUCUUUUUGUAUGUAUUCAGGUAUCUUUGUGCUUUAAUGUGCUUUUUUUCCUGCACAUAAAUGUCUAGUUCAUGCUCAAUGCAUUGUUUACUCUGUUCUCCUGUGUUUGAACUGCUAAGAUUGUAAAUCCCAAAGAUAUGUCCUAAAACUAGCCAGUAGAAUGUAAAUGCACCACUCCUGGUGUAGAGAAGUGGUGAAAACCAACAAUGUGACCUGAGCAGCUUUACUCUGACUGUCUUGGCUCCGUCUCUUUCUCUCUCUGUACCAUCUUUUCCACCAAAAUGAUUGGUGCUGCUGAAACUGGUAAUUAAAUUAUCGUUGGUGUGUGAUGGGCAGCUUAAGCCUGUUACUCCAGGGUUUGAGCUUUUGGUUUUAUGUGGAUGUUGUAAUAUUUUGUAUUUGACAUUGAUGUGAGUAAAUGUACGUCUUUUCUGAGACUUGCAUCCUGCAAAGUGUAACACUUUCAAAUAAAUGUGUAAAGUGCUGGACUGUGUUAUUCUACUGGGAUUAUGUUCUACGGUUUUGUGACAGUGAUGUGAAAACACACAAGCUCCCAGUAGAUAUGAACUGUUGCGCCCCUCAGCGUCCAGCGAGCUGCAGGUGAUUCACAGGUGAGUUCGCUGACGUCAUACAGGAAGUGGACACAGUCCGAGGAGUCUUUGUGUGUCGCCGGAGUUGAGAGGAAUUGGCAGAUAUUGCUUUGAUUCUAAAGAGAUAUCUGGCGCAGCGGAGAGAUGUGCACGUUUGAUAAGGACAAAGGGCCAAGGAGGCUGAUGAAGAAGGGAUUAACUCUCAUCUUGGUCGGCCAUAUUAACUUCAUCCUCGGAGCUAUUGUCCAUGGCAAUGUCCUCCGCCACAUUUCCAAACCCAGUCAGCAUAUUACGACUGAAUACACUGUCGCCAACAUCAUCUCUGUCACCUCUGGCCUGCUGAGCAUUGCCAGUGGAAUUAUUGCCAUUGUGGUGUCAAGAAACAUCCACCUGAUAAAGCUGCAAUUAGGACUUCUGAUUGUGUCAUUCCUGAACGCACUGCUCUCAGCGGCGUGCUGCACAGGUCUCCUCCUUGCUAUUGGUAUCACUGUUGCCCACAAUGGUCAAGGUUUGAUGCUGGGGUGCAACGACACACAGGUGCCCGUCAACGCUCGGUCACCAGUCAGUGCCCAGUGCCCUUUUGAUACAACACGAAUUUAUGAAACCACCCUGUCAUUGUGGGUUCCCUGUGCGAUCCUGUCAGCGCUUGAGGUUGGACUGUCUCUCUGGUGCUUCAUUGUUGGACUGGCUCUCAGGGGGCUGGCACCCUGUGGCAACAGCUACAUCAAAGAGCAGUUGGAGGAAGAAGCUGAGAGCUCUGCCAAUAGCCAACGUCUGAUGGGACAGCGCCUCGACCCCGAUGCCUAACUGAACAUAAACCAUUCAGAAAGGAUAUAACUCCAUUUAGGCAAGCACAGCCAAAACCCAGAAGCCAUCAUUGCACCUAUAUUCAGACUAGCACAUUUUGCCCUGCAUUCAGCUGGGUGAGUGUCACAGUGGAGCAGUGGUGGAAUCAGCUCUACGAGUCUAGUUCUUGCUUUGUGGUGUAAUGAAGCCUGAUUCACAGAUGGGUUACCAAACAGCUUCAUUUAUAAACCAAAUUGUUUAUCUUCUAUGUGCAGCUGUGAGAAGGCAGCUGAUUCCAUCUAGUCUAUAUGUGCCUGAUGAAACCUAUAAGUUAUAAAUUAAUUUACAGUGCCACAUAAAUACCCUACAUCUGUAUGUUAAACUGUUGUAUUCCAAAGUGUAGAUUCAGUGUGGAAGCUGCAGUGUGAUAUCAGUAAUCGUUUCAGUCUUAUCAGUAUCCCUCCUUGGCUGUUUGGAUUCUGCAUACAAGGUAUGUUACGCCAAGCAUGUCUUUUUAUAUGAAGUACUGUAUAUAAGAACAAAGCUUUGUUCACGAAGAUGUCCAAUUUCAUUUCAUGCGAAAGUACGAAUAUUUGAGCUGAGUUCAGGAGUUUAGCUUGUAUAAACCUUGACAUUACAUUUCAGAAAAAUUUGUGUAUUAGCUGUUUUAUCAAGUGUUGAUUGUUAAGUGCAUGUAUUAUAUUUGAACUGUUUGCCCUGAUUAAAAUGUAUUUUGUAUUGGAGAUGUAACCAUACUCAUCAACAUUUGUCUAGAUAUAUUCACAAAUAACACAUUUCAUUUUAGCCACUAAUGCACAUUGGUAAAUGAGAAUGGCCUUUAGAGAGUGCAUCAGUCACCUUAUGAAACCACAUUUAGAUUCACUAGAUCCAGAUAUUUAUUUGGAUCAGAACUAAAUUAAACUCAUUAAUAUUACUCCCUUUAACAGAUCUGAUUAUUUUCAUCAAGAAUCGUUAAUUAUUUUUUUGAGACAUCAACAAAAUUUUGAAAUCUUGCUAUGUUAAAGAGAGAUGAGAAAAAUUCCUGAAUCUGCCUUCCUAUCUGCAUCUGCAACAAAAUGUAAAUGCUUUCUUUUUGACCCAUUUUGCAUACUACCACUUAUUUCCAUGGUGAUCCGUCCACUAGUUUUUGCGUUGUUCUGCUAAUUAACACACAGAUUGAUAAACAAACAAAUGCAGAGGAAAACAUAACCUCUUCAGUGGAGGUAACUGUAAUGUGAAUUAAUGUCAAGUGUUUGAUGCGAUAAAAUACCAAAUUGUUUUUAUUCAGCUUUUAUCUUCAAACUAGAUUAAACAUGCUUUUAGUUUAUAAUGUUAGAUCAUCAAAAAUUUUCAUAAAUGUUCAUAAGCAUCCAUUGUGGCUAAUGAUGAACAUGCCACAGAUACAGCAACUGUACUACCUUUCAUGUUUGUUUGUUUUUUGUACUUUUGAUUCUUACUUUUUUAUCUAAAAAACUUUAUUUGUGAGCUUGGUGCUAGAAUUAUUGAAUUUCACAAGAAAUGAUUCACAAACUGAAAAUGCGUGCAGUGAUCAAAUGAUCAAACAAUUGAGAACUAAGGUCAGAAUUUGGAAUUAAGGACCUAGAUUCACCAUAGGUCUCAUCACAGACGGUUCAGAUUGCUAAAAAGCAGUGGAGCAGGGGUAUUAAAGUGAUGCUUUUAUAAAGAUGCUCUCUACCCCAGAAUUUAAAUCAAACUAAACUGCAGCUUAGAUGUUUAUGGACUGAGCGCCUCUGAACAGUAUAUGUUGUGGGUUUAAUGUCAAGUGGGGUCAUUUUAAGAGGUUUAACCAGUAUGUGGGCCAGCAGCCUCAGCCCACACAACCCCCCUACCCACCCAACCACAACCCAACGACAGAGAGGAUCAGAUCAGAUCAGCCAUGAAACGGUUAAUCUAGUGCCGUGCUCAAUCGUGUGGAAGGGAAUCAUAGCACGAAGCACUAAUCCGGAGGCUGUAAGGGAUAAAUAUUGACAUAGUGUCGAGUGAUAUCAUCACAACAUGUCUGUUUGGCUGUUUCAGUCGGCAUUACAAUGAUGUCACACUAAAACAUAAUGAAGGUUCAAUUUGAAAUCACAGGAUGAAUAUGAUGUGUCUUAGGUUAUUUCAAAAUUAUUGUUAUAUCGGGAGGAAUGAAGUGAUCUCAAGUCAUGAGACAUGAUAUUCAAUGAAGGUCCGGUAUUAUCAUUUUGUUAAGUGCAUUUUAAUUUGGCUCUUGGACAUUGUUAAGGAAAUAAUAGCUGUCCCAUUGCCAAGGUUUAUAUAAUGUAAUUGAUUAAUAAUUUACCCUA